CUUUGGUAGCGGGGGGGGGCCGGGGGGACCCGCUGUGACGCCGGAGGGAAUGGUUACUUGUGCAGAAGUCUUUUUCACGCGGAAGCACGCCGCUCCCUAACUCCUGGCUAAGCAGCCUCCAGUUCACCAACUUUGCUGCCAUAAAGCCCGUGCAACUCCUUGACAGGAUGGCAGACAAAAGAACAGCUGGUGCAAAGCAGUAGGGGAUUGCUGGCAAGGAGGAGGAAAGGAAACCGCAAAGCUUUUACCCGCGCCCCCGACACCUGACGGUUGUCAGAGCAGCAGCUGCGACGGGACGAGCCGGAGCCACCAUGCGCAGGUCCAGCACCGAUGAGUCCACCUACCACCGGAGCCCAUCCCUGGACAGCAAGGAUUACAGUUUCCCAAAUGGCGCUUUCCGUCGUUACAGCAGCAUGUAUGGCGGCCAGUUUGGGGCGGCCAGCAACUCUUUUUUUGGAUUCCAUACCAACCCGGGCCCUAAGGCCACCAAGGCUAAGUACACGUCCCCCAAGGGAAACAAGUACGUUGUCUUUUACCUGGAUCUCUCAUUUAUUUUUCUCCUAGAACUGAAGAGGUGCAGCAUGGCUCACAACUGCCUGCAGUGUAUCAAGUACCUAAUGUUUGUCUUCAACCUUCUCUUCUGGUUGGGGGGCUGUGGAAUCCUUGGAGUGGGCAUCUGGCUGGCAGUUACUCAAGGGAACUUUGCCACCCUCUCUUCAUCUUUCCCAUCACUGUCAGCUGCCAAUCUGCUGAUUGUCACAGGAACUUUUGUCAUGAUCAUUGGCUUCGUGGGCUGCAUAGGUGCCAUCAAAGAAAACAAGUGCCUCCUGCUGAGUUUUUUUAUCAUGCUGUUAAUUAUAUUUCUGUUGGAGCUCACUGUUGUGAUUCUGUUCUUCGUCUACACAGACAAGAUUGACAAGUAUGCUCAGCGGGAUCUGAAGAAAGGGCUUCAUUUGUAUGGGACAGAUGGAAAUAUCGGCCUAACUAAUGCGUGGAGCAUCAUUCAAACAGAUUUCAGAUGCUGUGGAGUCUCAAACUACACCGACUGGUUUGAGGUGUACAACACAACCCGGGUGCCGGAUUCCUGCUGCCUGGAAUUCAGCGAGAACUGUGGACUCCAUUCCCCAGGGACCUGGUGGAAAGCGCCUUGCUACGAAACAGUGAAAAUAUGGCUCCAGGAGAACUUACUAGCAGUGGGGAUCUUUGGAUUGUGCACAGUUCUGGUGCAGAUUCUUGGACUCACCUUUGCAAUGACCAUGUAUUGUCAGGUAGUCAAGGCAGACACCUACUGUGCAUAGAUACCAUUCCCAGUCUUUUUGCUUCUCCUCCGAAGGACACAGGAGAAAACUCCUUCAUGCUCAUUCUUCUGACCUUUUUCCCCGCCCUUUGUACUAUAAACUGUGUAUAAUGCUAUCUUUCUGGAGAUUUUGUGAAUCACCCCAUUUUAUUGAAGGAGGAAGAAAAGAAAGAUUCUGUACUUGAACUGGCACAGGUAAGAAGCAGCCUUGUCUUUGAAUGGAAGAAAACCUGCAAACAGCCAUGGCUCCUUUCCUGUGGCCUACAGCAAAGCAAAAGGAAGCUGCUGAUGAUGGGCACAUCUGCAAACCAGCAUUAGGAAAAGACUGCACUGACACAACCUCUGUGAAACCUGCCAGGUUGCCUUCCAGCAUUUCACAGUCUGGAAGAGAAGGUGUAGAAACUGUACAUUCUUCAGCACGGAAAGAAGGUACAGAAUAGCUCGCACUGAAUGCAGGUGUAAUUUUACUACAGUUUGCACACAGCUAAAAUGUCAAGAGCAAGCAGCCUUUGAUCCAAGUAUCUCAAGAUGAUUUUGUAGCCAGGAGAGGAUCAUCUUCAGAAAUACGUUCUUUUAAAGGAGUAUUUUUAAUUUCAUGUGCUGCGAAGUCAGGCUUUUAAUCUGAAUCUGUACAGUGAGAUCUGGCUGUUAAGGGAAAACAGUAUUGAACAGUUAUUAAUUGCCAGUGGCAUAUAGGUGAUAGUUGACUGUGUAUGUAAUAUACGUUAGAUUCAUAUACACACACUGUUCUGAAAGGAGGUGAAAAUAACCAGCAUCUAAUCUCAGAAGGUGGGAACCUUUCUGUCCCAUUUUACAUUCCAACUGAAAUAACCAGGCAGGAUUUCUUGUAGGAGGCACUAUCGGUUAUACCUUUGGGAAACAAGUAAUUACUUUCAGCUGUAUCUUCAUUUCAGUAAACAACUUGUGAGUGGGCUCCUCAGUCAUUCUACUAUGAUUUUAUUUUUUAUCAUCUCUGUUUCAAGUUAGCCUGCCAAAAAAUAUCACUCAUUUCCAUGCUUGGAGAUUUGUACUAUGCUGUCAGCUGUUCCUUCCCUGAAUGUCACCAUUUCAUUAAUUUACUCUGGAAAUAUCAUCAUCUGCAGGUAUGAUAGAGUUCUCCUUGCUAAGGAAAAAUCUUUGCACAUUGCUCAUUUUUCUAAGAGUUAUUAAGACUUCAGAUGUUUUUAUGCUUAGCAGGUUUUUUUCAGCUGUAUGCUUACAACAGCCAAGGCACAUCAGUCUUUGUUAGAACUGAAGUCAUCUCACAUUUGUGCUUUUCAUACCCAUCUCCCUCCUCCUGGCUUCAAAGGCUGUUGGCUACAAGACGCCCACACUUUCUGGAAUUUGCAGAAAUCUAAGUCAUUGCUUUCCUUUUGCCAAGAAACAGCCACACUGGUUGUCCCAUUCCCCACUCUGCUUGAGUAACUGAAGUAAUUUAUACAGGACCCUUGUAGAAUCUGAAGAAUUAAAUGCUUCCUGUUA